AUGGCGACGGAUUCUACAAGAAGCUCAAAACCACUCAACAAUGGCGAACGUUUACCUUCCGAAUUGAAAGAAGAAAUAUUCUCAAGACUCACAGUAAAAGACAUACUACGCUCUCGAUGUGUGUGCAAGCCCUGGAAAACGCUGAUCGACAGCCAUGGAUUCAAGAAAAAGCACUUUGAAGCAGAAAAACGCUCACAUUCAAGCCUCUUCAUAUGGCGUAAAAGCUUCUCUUUUGAACCCACACUCCAUUUUUUCUUUCCUCCUUUCCAUAACGUUUCCCCUUCACUUGCCCUUAAUCUUGGUCAAUUUCUUGAUGAUUCUGUUUUUGAUUCGUCCGAUGUUAUGAUUUCAUCGUCUGGGGGUGUUGAUAAUCUUGAUUUUAAGAAAUUUGGUGUUGUUAAUGGGUUAGUUUGUUUGGGUUGGAAUUAUUUUCAUGUUGUUUGGAAUCCAUCAACAAAGGAGUUUAGGCGGUUUGAUGGCCCUAAAAAGAAUUGGGGUUUUGAUUUGCUUGAUAAUUGUGGGAUUAGUGAUGAUGUUUUGCUUAGUGAUCAAAUUUGUGCAUUUGGGCUUGACCCAAUUAGUCAAGAUUUCAAGUUUUUGAUAGCUCAUUUUACCUUAUCUGUUACAAAAAACGAAAAGAGUAAGAAUAAGGUGUUGUUUCAGAUUUAUUCAAUGAGGAAUAAUGGUUGGAGAGGGGUUGUUUGUGAUUUCCCAUUCGUUAAUAAGGUUAUUACUGGUGAUGGGUUUAUGGAUGAUGGGAAAUUCUAUUGGUUUGUUAAGGAAUGUGGUGAGAAGAUGGAGAAUGGUAGUUUGAAUCCUGCAGUAAUUUGUUUUGAUUUUUGUAAUGAGGUAUUCAAAGUGAUCUCCUUGCCUGUAGAAUUAACUCGUGGAGAAGACGCGAUUGCUGUGGCAAAUCGCGGUGUUGUGGAGAUAAUCAUGAGUUUUGAUGAUGGUUUGCGCAGUCAAGUAUGGGUUAUGGAAAAUGGGGGAUCAUGGAGCAGGACAUUGAAUGUUAAUUUUCCUUGUGAAGUUGGAAGACCUAUUGGAGUAUUGAAGGAUGGUGACAUCAUGUUUGAAAACCCGAGUAAAGUUGAUGGGGUUAAGGAGCUUGUGUUUAUCAAUCCUGCUACUGGUUUAAGUAAGAAACUUGGGUUUAAUGGAACAGAACUAUGGAUGUUCAACUAUGUGCAAAGCUUGUUCUCGGCCAAGUAA